AUGUAUGACAGAUUUGCUUUGGAAGAGGAGCAUAAAAGACUAAUUAAUUCCCUCACUGAUGAGCAGAAAGCUGUUUAUGAUAAAAUUGUUUCAGCAGUUACGGCAGGUAAUGGAGGGUUAUUUUUCCUAUACGGGUUCGGUGGUACAGGAAAAACAUUUAUUUGGAAUACUCUUUCAGCAUCUAUUAGAUCAAAAGCUGGAAUCGUACUUAAUGUUGCUUCUAGCGAAAUUGCUUCCCUUCUGCUUCCUGGAGGACGAACAACGCAUUCUAGAUUUCGUAUUCCUAUUCAAAUCAAUGAAGAUUCAACGUGUAAUAUAAGGCCGAAAUCUACUAUAGCUGAGUUGCUGUCAAAAACAAAGUUAAUCAUUUGGGAUGAAGCUCCAAUGGUACAUAGAUUUUUCUUUAAGGCUCUGGAUAGGACACUGAGAGAUGUUCUUAGAAUUUCUGAUACAAGCUGUGCUGAUAUGCCAUUUGGUGGAAAAGUUGUUGUUCUAGGAGGUGACUUUCGGGAAAUAUUACCUGUCAUUCCUCAUGGCAGCAGACAAGAUAUAGUUCAUGCAACCAUCAAUUCUUCUCAUCUAUGGUCCCAUUGUCAUUUAUUAACUUUGACCAAGAACAUGCGUCUUAAUUCUGGAAGUAGCGCUCACAAUUUAGAGGAAAUAAAAGAAUUUUCUGAGUGGCUACUUAAAGUUGGGGAUGGUAAUCUUGGAGAUGAUGUUGAUGGAGAAUCUAUUAUAACAAUUCCAGAUGAAUUGUUGAUUAGAGAAUCGGAAGAUCCGCUGUUGGAUAUGGUUAAUUUUGUUUAUCCGAAUCUCUUGGAUAAUAUUUUGGAUCAGACCUUCUUUAAAGAACGUGCUAUUCUAACUCCUAAAUUGUCCGAUGUUGCUAUGCUAAACGAGCACCUAAUGUCUAUGAUUCCUGGUGAAGAAAGGACUUUUUUGAGUUCGGAUAAAAUUCUUAAGCAAGGUGGGACUUCCUCUGUUGAGGAUGAUGAAAUCACCCCUGAGAUCUUAAAUACAUUAUCAUGCUCAGGGAUUCCUGAUAAUAAAUUAAUCUUGAAAGUUAAAGUUCCAGCAAUGCUAUUAAGAAAUAUUGAUCAGUCGAGAGAUGCUUCUUCAAUGCAACCCGUCGUUCCACCGCCAUCUAUUGUCGUUGCUACUGGUGCACCUCCACGUCGCCAGCGCUCCUUCUGUACUCACUGCAAAACAAUGGACCACACAAAGGACAAAUGCUUUAAGUUGCAUGGUUACCCACCAGGGUAUAAGCCCAAACCCACUAGGCUCAAUCCCAUUCUUCAAUCUAACACUGCCAUUUUAUCUAUCUCUGAUUCACACUCUUCUUCCUCAACUUUCACACCACAACAAUAUCAACAAUUGCUAUCCCUUGUCUCACAACACCCUAACCCUCCUUCCCUUUCCUCUCAACCACCUUCCUCUAAGGUUGACAUUAACCCCCAUCGUUGCUAG